GCACAAUAUCCGCGUGCUUCGGGCCGCGUCUCGGCGCCUAUACGCGGCUUUCAGCUCGGCGCUGGUGCGUUACCUGCACAACUUGAGCGGCUCGCCCGCGUUCGCGUCGCUGCAGCCGGCUCUGUACCAACAACUGGCGUCGGCAGGAUCGGAUAGGAACAAUAUGACGCCGUUGCAGGUGGGACCGCGAGUUGUAAAACUGAUCGGCAGCAUGGUGCUGAGCAAGGCGGCGGCCGAACGCGAGAACAGCAUCCUCGCGAUGUGGCACAAGCUCGUCAACACGCUGCAGGAAUGCGCGCUGCAACAGCAGCCCUCGCAGGAUCAUGAUUAUGAAGAUUUGAAUGUUGAACAUGCCCAGCUUUUGGUAUAUCUAUUCCACUCAUUGACGCUGAUGCAGAAGAAAUCAGUGUUGCUUAUGACAUCUAACGCCAUCAUCAAGGUUGUGGAAACUUUGGGAAUCACCGACAGAAAGAAGGCGAUGAACUUGGCGCCGCAUCAACUGGUGCUCACCACUAGGCUGAUGCUGUUGCUCGAAUAUCUUAUGAGACAUCUGUAUGACGCCCCGCAAACCUUGCUGCAACAGAUUGAAUGGAAUCUGAUCAUAUCUCCGGGACUGGCUCAGCCCGCGCCGGAGGCUGGCACGAACGGCGGCAAAACUACUGCUAACGGACUGCUCAAGUCACGCAUCUACUGCGAAGUGCCGUUUAUAGAACAGGCGUAUAGGCGACUCUCCCAAGAUGAGACGUCCAUGAGACCCAAGUUCUACUCUCUAACGAGUGCUGAAAUUAAUAAUCAGGAGAACCCGAAGUUCGACGGUCUCGCGUGUAACUUCGUGCUGGGCACGCCGCACAAGCUGAAGUACCCGCUGCUGUUGGACGCGCUGCUCGCGCUGUUGAACUCGGCGUGCGUGUGCGACAACCCGCAGCACCACGCCUCCGCCGCCGCGCUCGCCGCCGCGCAUUACUGCUUCCAGACCGCGUGGAGGCUAGUGAUAAGCAUGCCACCUGCAACGCCGCACAUGGACAAACUCCAAGCCGGCAUGGCCGCCGAACUGCCGUCGCCUCUGCCGCUGCAUGCCGUGGUGUGGGCGCCCAGGGCGGACAACAAAGAGGUCUUCAACCCUUGGCUUAAGGACGCUCUGGUUAAACAGGGCAUGUACACGCAGUACGCCGAGAACUUGUUGGCCGGCGUCAGCGCAUCUUGCGAGAACAUGAACUAUACAACAUGGCUUGCAUCCGAAACCAUCAAGCAUCUGAAGCAGAAUAUUGGACCGAAUGGAUUGCCGUCUCUGUUGGAUGUUAUAUCGUGCGACGCGGUGCUUGUAAGGCUGAAGCUGUCCUUGACCGACUUCCGGGCGCUCACCGACCCACACAAAUUCAUGUACGACCUGCUCGACUUGCUGGAAACUAUAUUAAACUGCUGUCGAGUAAGCGCGGACCUGGAACUGGAGCCUCUGCUGGAGUCGUCGACGAACCCGUCGGAGCUGGCGGUGGCGGCGGCGCGCUGGCAGGUGUGCGCGACGUCGGCGCCGGUGGGCACGGCGUCGGGCAGCACGCCGCCGCCCGCGCUGGGCGCGUGGCUGCGCUCGCAGCUGCCCGCCGGCGCCGCCUCCGCGCUCGAGCGCCUCUCCACCGCGCCCACCAUCGCUGUCGUCAUUAAACUAGCCUACGCGUACCACAUCAUACCAUCAGAGAGCGCGGUCCUCGACCUAGUGAACUCUCACUGCGAGGCCAUCAGCGCCAACUCGAAGUACUCUAUCGGCAACUCGCUGAUGAUGCUCGCGUGUUCGGCUGGGAAACUGCUCGAAGUGGGUGUCACCACUGUGCUCGAUAGCGCGGACCUUACCAGGAGGACCUUGGACCUAAUCGUGCCGGCGUUUACGGACGGGCGCGUUGAAUUCAUGGCCGAGCUACUAGCAGCCGUUCUAAACGCGCUGGUGCCGCAAGUGCACCGCGCGGAGCAGCUCAUACAUGAACACAUCUUGAAGACCACGUACCCGGUGCUCGUCGAUCAUCUGCAGCCUUCCACUGAGAAAACUUUAAGACAUAUGGUGAAAUAUUGGGAGAAGAUUCUAGAUCGUCCUGCAGGAAGGUCGGCGUAUGAAGGCGUGUUCUGCGAUAACUCAGAGUUUUCGCUCGGUAAAAUUCUUCUGUCUGCGCCAAACGCACGGACGCCGUACGCUGAAAGGGUUAUUAAGCUAUUUAUCAAGAUAUUUGCUGGUUGUGAGAGUUCCGAAUUGAAUAGUUCCCUUUGCAUAUCUGUGUGCAAGUUUAUUGGUGUUGCGGAUCAACAGAAGCUAGCUUGUUUGCUUUCCCAUAUAUGCAUGGGAUCACCCGCAUCCACCACCGGCGCCGCCGGGACAACAAACGGCACUCCAACAGAAACCGAGCUACCAACGCCGACAUCGUCAGCCCCUGACGCGGCGGCCAAUCCUGCGUCGGUUGCGUUGCGCAACGCACUGCGCACCGUGUUCCGCAGCGAAGUUGACUACACGCAGCGUUCGAACGAAACGCCGCCACAGCGAAACGAUUCCGACAUGCCCGUUGAUGUGUUUGAAGCGCCAUCUCCAGCGCCCAGGGCUCAGUCUGAAACUGCACAACAAUCUGGUAAUUCAGAAAGUUGCAGCUGGUCGGACGGCAGUAAGGAAAGCGGCGCUGCGGCGACUAGCGCGGCCGCACCCGCAGACACCGCGCAGGCGCCGCUCACCGACAACGCUAAUGACAACGCUGCGCUGCUAUCAGCACUCUGCAAACAUGUCGUGCAGCAUUGCAGUGAGAACGUGAGCGAGCGCAUGCUGUCGACGCUGAUCUCGGUGUGCGGCGAGAGUCCGUGCUCGCCGCUGUUGCUGCGCGAGAUGUGCCGCCUGGCGGACGCGCACGCCAGCGGCGAUCACCGCCAGCUGUUCCCCGCGGCUGUCGGCUGGCUGUCGGCUUGCGUCGAUAAUCUUAGUAGUCCAGAAGUACUGGAGAAGUUGGAGGAAGGCCAGGUUGACGGUAACCUGGCGCCGCAGAUUGAGUCCUCUUGCGUGCUGCUUUCGUACCUGGCUGACUCUCUGCAUGCCAUCAACACGACACAACCUCAUAGUUGGCGAUCCGUUAGUCCAACUUGGGAAUCGCCUGCUGAUCUCGGAUUUGACUUUGAAUAUACGGAUGAACAACAAGAUGACGAUGACACAAGUGCGGAUGAUUCGGAUGAAGAUGCAAUGUUGCAAUACAAGCUGUGUACGUUCACGGUAACGCAACGAGAGUUCAUGAACCAGCACUGGUACCACUGCCACACAUGCAAGAUGGUGGACGGCGUGGGCGUGUGUACGGUGUGCGCGCGCGUCUGUCACAAAGGACACGACGUGUCGUAUGCCAAGUUCGGCAACUUCUUCUGCGAUUGCGGCGCGAAACCCGACUCCAGUUGCCAGGCGCUAGUAAAGCGUUCGGUGACUCUUGGCGGUGCGGCGCGCGGUGGAGCCGAAGAAUCGGCGCCCGCACCAUCUCUGCGCCGCCGCCCUUCCAGUCCCUCUCCUCCUGCAUUGCUCGCGCCACCACGUCGGCCGUUACUAGCUGCUAAUAUUCAAGGUUGUCGCGGGUUCCUGUCGUCGUACAGCGGCUGGGGUGCGUGCAUGGAGCGCGUGCGGCGGCUGCUGGAGGCGCUGUCGGCGCCGGUGCGCGCGGCGUGCGAGCGCAACGCCCCCACGGGCGCGCACGGGCGCGCGCAGCGGGCACUCGCGCAGCUGCACCUCGGCGAGAAACGGUUCACUCACACUGACAGCCUCAUGCUGCCCACGCUAGGCUCGCAGGAAGGCGCGUUCGAGAACGUGCGCAUGUCGUAUACGGGCGAGAAUGGGCAAACGAUACGGCAGCUGAUGUCUGCGCACAAGUUGCGUCGUGUGGCCAUGUGUUGCUUGGCUUCUCCGCACGGACGGCGACAGCACCUCGCUGUCUCGCAUGAAAAAGGAAAAAUCACAGUGUUACAACUCUCGGCGUUGUUGAAGCAGGCCGACUCGUCGAAACACAAGCUGACUCUGACUAGGUUGUCCUCCGCUCCCAUACCGUUCACGGUGCUCAGCCUGAGCGGCAAUCCGUGGAACGAAGAUUUGCUUGCUGUGUGUGGACUCAAAGAGUGCCACGUGCUCACUUUCAACAGUGGUGGUGCUGUAGCAGAUCACUUAGUGUUGAACACCGCCUUGGAAGGCAACAACUACGUCAUCAAAGCACUAUGGCUUCCUGGAUCGCAGAUACUACUUGCCCUCGUGACGUCAGACUUCGUCAAGAUAUUCGACCUUAGCAAAGACUUGAAUAAUCCCACACAUCACUUCCUCGUGCCCAGCGGAAAGGUCCGAGACGUAACCUUCGUUUACCAAGACGGCGUAGUCCACAUGCUCUGCAUGAGCUCCGCCGGUCACAUCUACUGGCAGCCGAUGACUGAAGAGUCGAGCGCCGCACUCGGCACAUUCUACGUCACUAACACACUUGAAGUUUUACACCCAGAAAUACAGGAUGUCGCUGGUCUGGUUGGCGGAGGCGGAGUAUCGAUAUAUUACUCGCACACUCUGAAAAUGCUAUUCUUCUCUUACGCACAAGGAAAGAGUUUCCUAGCUCCGUUGAACAAUGUGGAAGAGAGUGUUAAAGGAACGGCAAUGAUUACGCUAUCAGCAGCAGCGACGCAGAAGGAAGGCGGCGGUCGCGGCGGCGGCAAGCAGGGCGGCGUGCAGUCUCUGUGCCAGUGGGCUGAAGUGCCCGGACAUCCAGGACUCGUCACUGCCGUCAUGCAGGCUUCCAACAAUCCUGUCGUACUCAUGUUGACGCCUACGAACAUAUUUGUGCAGGAGAUUAAGGUGGUACCAGCAAAGGCCAAGAUCACGGACAUGGUAGCCGUCCGCCAUUGGUGCGGUGGUGGCGGCGAACAGAAGAGUACGCUCAUACUUCUCUGCGAGGACGGGUCAUUGCGCAUGUACGCAGCGAGUAACGAGAACACAGGGUAUUGGCUCGCGCCGACCAUACAACCCACGCAUGCGCCGCGACGACGACCUAAACAGCCGCUGCACCAUGCCAAAGGAAAGGCACAGCAGACCGUCACGAAGUCAAGCGCGAAUGGCACGCCGCAGUUCCCUAUCGACUUCUUCGAGCAUUGUGUCGCCAUGACCGACAUCGAGUUUGGCGGUAACGACCUGCUGCAAGUGUACAACACGGCGCAAAUCAAACAUCGCCUCAACACUGCAGGUCUAUACGUAGUUUCCACGAAAAUGAGUGGAUUCUCGAUGGAAGUGAUCAACUCUGAUCCAAAUAUGGUUAUUUGCGGUAUAAGAGUGCUAUUAGGCAGUCAGGAUGUUGCCAGAACACCAUCAUUUAUCGAGGUAUACGGUAGGUCGAUCCAAACGGUCGUUGUUCGCAACCGUUGGUUUGACAUCCCACUUACAAGGGAGGAGUCAUUGCAAUGCGACAAGAAACUGCUCCUCAACUUCGGUCCGUCGCAGGACCCUGAUGGAGUAACAAUGGUUGAUUCUAUUAAAGUUUAUGGCAAAAACAAAGAGCAAUUCGGUUGGCCCGAAGAGAAUGAGGAUCCUUCCGCAUGCCCGUCGUCCAGUAAAGUCGUCCAAGAAGCAGAAGGAGCUAGCGGCGCAUGGAAACCCAGUCCACUGGAACGUCUGGCUUGCGCGGCGUUAGAAGCGUUGGAGCUGGGCGCCGGCGCGGCAGCCAGCACGGGCGCGGCGGCGGGGGCUGAGGGAGGUGCUGAGGCGGCGCGCAAGCUACUGUGUGCGCCCGCGCCGCCGCACCUGCACGCGCGUGCGCAGUGCUUGCUACGGGCCGUCCACCACUCGCACUACCAUCAGUACAAGGAUCAAGCAAUACUUAAAUACGUAUGCUCAUCGCUGCGAGAACUGCGCGACACCGACCCGCACAAUAUCGAUCCGGAGGCAUACUUCAGACUGAUGCUACUGGCACGUGGUGUGGCUGUGGCGCGACCACAUCACCUUGUAAAGUUCAGCGUGCCCACGCCGCAGAAGCCUGCUAACAGUGACUGGUCGGUGCUAUGGAAGAGUGUGACAGAAGAGGAUAAGAAGAAGGAGCCGCACCUGUGCGUGCUGCUGACGAGCGUGCUGUGGCGACUCACCGCAUGCCGCAGUAGCACCGGCGGGCCGGGCGGCGGCGGCGGGCCGCCCGCCGUGCUGUCGUACGGGCUGCGACACGCGGAGCACACGCUGCACGCGCUCGCCGACGUUAUACACGCCUUCCAGCUGCAUGCCGAUAACGAAUGUAUCGAAUUCGGAAAUCAAAUCUAUUUAUCACUGCUGCUCGCCGAGGAUCAGAAUAUAAGUUUCGGUACCAAGGCCGCUCUAAUGCGAGUCCUACGUCCCAGGGUCAAGAAACGACGCGUAUUCAUUCCAUCUCCGCCCAACACUCCAGGCGCCGGUUCCUCUGUGACAACUGCCCAGCCUGCGAGCUCCAUUACUGAAGCAGUGGUCUCCGAGUCGGAUCUGAGCGCGAACAGAGACGAACAAAGGGAGGAGCAACAGUUCAUGGAUGUCGACGAUUCACUGGAACCUAUGGUGCUUCUCGCGCCUGACGGGGGCUUAGAAGCGCUAUUGGACAUCCCGCCCGAUGCGGACGAUGAGACGAUGGUGGAGCUAGCGAUCGCACUGUCGCUGCAAGAGCAGCCGCGCCGCGCGCCCCCCGCACCCUCCGCGCCGCCGCCGCCCGCGCCCGGCUUCAGCGACGCCACUGCUUCUCCGCCCGGGUCGGACGACGAAGGCAGCACGGCGGCGACGGACGGCAGCACGCUGCGCACGUCGCCAGCCGAGCCGCCCGGCUCCGCCGGCUCCGAGAGCGGCGCUCCCGCCGACAGCAUCGGCGGAGUGUCCGGACGUAGCAGCGCAUAUGCAGGCCCGUGCUCGUCGUCCGCGGUGGCGGCGUCGACGUCGCGCGCGGCGGAGGCGGAGAGCGAGACGCGCAAGCUGCACGCGCUGCGGCUGGCGCUGCUGUCCGCCGCGCUCGACGCGCUGCCCACGCUGCGGCACCUGCCCGGAGUGCGCGCCAUACCGUUUGUGCAGGUGGUUCUCAUGUUGGCCGGUGAUCUCGAUUCAAGCGUAGAAAGCGACCGUGCAGUCCUAGACCGACUGCUGGAACUCCUGGUCGCAGAACUAGACAUACAACCUGAAGAGACCACUCCAGCGGAAGACCGCACCGACAGGCGCGAGCUUCAGCUAGCCAUCAUGAGACUCGAACUGCUAGUGUCCGAGUUAGACUGUAAGGGAGGGAGACCAACCCCGCCCAUACAUGAGAGGACCAAUAGACGCGAAUUGCAGUUGGUUAUCAUGCGACUUCUCAGCGUGUUAAUGGCCCGUUGGAAGACAACUGGUAGUACCAGCGGCGGCGCUAGCGGUAGUGGCGGUGGUGGUGCGCCAGCGCUAGUGGCGCGUUGGGGCGGGCGCGGCUCCACGCGACGCGGUCGGCGCGAGCUGCGCGGCGCACGUGUCGCGCGUUGCGGCGGCAGCGCUG